AUGGCCAUCCAAGGCAAAGACACCUGUAAAUGUGGCAAGCAUCAGAAGACAUAUGGGAAGCAGUCUUUUAUCUCAUCUGGCCUGCCUGUGACAUCUCUGGUGCCAGUGACAUCACAAGGAACAUCACAGUCAGGGGCAGGUAUAAAUGGCAGCAGGAAGCUGCGCUGCCCCAGGGCAGCCUGGGUCAUAAUGGUCACACUAUUCCUCUUCUGGUUUGUGCAAUGCAUCCACUUUUACAUCAAUGUGUACCUGGCUGAGGGUCUCAACCAGCAGAGGACUCAGGUGCAGCAGGAGAUGGCCCACAGGACCCUGGAGCAGAGUGUCGGCUCCUGGGGAGCCGUGCUCAGCGCUGCUGCGCUGCAAGGCCUGUUCUGGGCCCUUGCUGGAGCCCUGGUGGUGCUCUUGGCACUCUACUGGUGGUUCAAGAAAGGGAUCCAUGAGAGGGACAACAGAAGGGUCUCAGACAGUGAGGAAAGUGAGGAAAGUGAGGAAGAAAAUCCUGCUCGGACGAAUAUGACCUGGAUCAUUUCAAAACGCUUCCAGCUGUCAGUGCCGAAGCUGGCUGCUAAGAGACAGGUGGUGCAGGAGCUGAUGAGUGACCUUCUCCAGGUCACCCAUAAUCUCUUUUCAGACAGCUUCUUCCCAGUGCUGGAACCAGCGAUUGGGGUGGGCAGUGCCUGUGAAGGAUGGAGUCCCCAUAAGGAGGAGGAUGUUGUCUACCGUAUGUUUGUGCCCCUGAAGCCGCCCCGUGGGCAUGCCUUCCACCUGGAGCCAGACUCCAUGGGGGAGGUGCCACAAAGGAGGAUGCGCAUCCGCGUGGAGCUGGUGUGCACUUGCACCAGGAAGCAGCCUGACCAGAACGUGCUGUGCUUCCUCCACGACUCCGAGGAGGAGUUGAAGAGAAAUCAGGCAGCCAGCCUUCUACACACCCUCUGCACUGGCCCUUACCUAGAUGGGGAGAAAAUUGCCCUCUGGUUCCAGACGUUUGUGAUCUCAGCCUGGUCGAUGGUGCCUCAGUCCCAUCACUACAGCAUGAAGGUGCUUCCCUCCUGCCGCUCCUGCAAGAUGAAGCUGAUGAAAGCCUCUGGGAGAAGCCUUUUCGUGGAGACAGUAUUUGGUGUGCAGCAAGGUGACUCGGACAUCUUCCUGAGCAGCCAGCCUACAGAGGCCCAAAUCCCCCCAAGCACGACAUGGCUGGAGAGCUAUGCUGUGGCAGAGGCAAAGUUCUUCAGGCAUGUCGCCAUGCAGGCCCCAGCCCACAGCUGCCACCUCAAAUGCCUGCGGCUCUGCGCUCGCCUUCUGAAGGACUCAGGCCUUUCUAUCUAUGCCUUGAAAACCACGGUCAUGCACCUCCUGACCUUGAUCCCUCUGUCAGAAUGGCAGCACAAGUACUUCCUGAUGCGGGUAGACGACAUCAUGUGCUACCUGCAGUGUUGCGUAGAGGAGAAACGCCUCAAGCACUUCUUCUUUGACAACGAGGACAUGCCCAAGGAGAUCUCCUUGCCCCCAGCCUUCCAUGAGGCACAGCCCCUGAACCUCUUUCAGCACCUGGCACAGGAUCCAGUUGCUCAGACUGAGGCAUUGAAGGAGCUUGAUGACCUGCAAUAUCACUUUGGGCUAUGA